GUGAUAAGCCCUUGACCAUGAAGAAGAUUUGUUUAGCAUCUUAAGCCAGAGCUCUUCUUUUUCGGGUUGUUUCUAGAGAAUGGAUAGAUGCCAGUGGCGCGCAGGUCAGCCCAAACAGCAAGCAUCUGUGCUCAUGCAGCCAGGAACCUGAAACUGGUCUAGCAAACACACGGGCAGAUUUAACACCACGGACCAGACGCUGUCGUUGGUUCGCUGCAAUGCAUUGAGCAGUAUUUGUGGUUUAAAAUAUGCAAUGGGCUACGAGCAACUAGUCACGGAGGGACUACCAAGAAUAAUCAGGGGCAUCGACAGGAAUCGAACGGUUCGCCAGUGUUGGACAAUCCCUCCACCGCUUCAGAAAGCAAUCAGGCAAAUUCACAAUAACCUUAUCCACGGCUACGCUACUGUAAACAACCGCUAUUCGGAAGGUUCCGACCGCAAUUGGUAUCCAGAAGCUGGGACUGAAUAAAGACUUCGGCAUCUGUAAAGUGAUGCAGGGGUUCAUUGGCGCCGUUUCUCAAACUUGGCUCCACUACUUCUGUUUGGUUGUGGCAAAAAGAUCAGCGGUUCAUGAGGGCCGUGCCUAGAGCGAUUGGCUAGUACUGACCGAUUCCCUUGCUCAAAUACUACAAAACUUUACAGAGUUAACCAGAUCUACAGGGGCAAACCGUUCGGAUAGCAGUCUUGGUCGCCUGAUUCUUACAGACAGCUUUAGACGCUUGUUAUCCAACAGCUACCGAGACACAGCUGUGUCUUUCUGCUCUGACGUCACAAUACAACAGGUCAUGAUAGAGAAGGGGUUCACAAACAUCAGCAGAUAGCUGACGUUAAACACACGACGGUUCGCUUAACGAGAAUGGUAUCAUUCCUUUAGGAUUAAAGUCGUAUUAUUGCACUGCCACGCUCUAACCCUAUACCAUGAUAUUAGGUCUAAUACAAGCUACCUACCGCUCGAAACAAGCCUUGGGCGAAACCCUUGGUGCCAAUUUCCCAGUCGAACCCAAUCUUAGACAACCUCGCAGCGAGCCCCCCCGCCAUGGAUCCCCAGAACCGGUCUAACUAGAUUGAACACAUGCGAAAUCAGGUUAAGGUGACCCUGUUAAGUGCAUAAAUUAUGAUUGUAUGUAUCGGUUCGAUUGAGGUCAUUGGUUACCGUCUACGUAAAGCUGUUGCCCCAGCUGAUGAAGCUUUGACACAGCAAGGCUGAACUUGGCGGCAACGAGGCUGCUAUUUAGUAACAACACAAUCACGGAAGCAAGAAUAAGAGAAAAAGAAGCUAUAAUUAAGCCAUAGUAUUGAUUUUGAUUCUUGUAUAAUAAUAGAAUCGAUCAAGGGUAUUUUAUCAAGUCAUAAGCAGCAUUACAUCCACCUCCUCUUAGCGCACUGAGCAUAUAACUAAUCAAGCAAUAAUGAGCCGUAUGGUAUCACAGUUUCGCACCAUCAUGUGCCUGGGCUCUUAUUCCUCCAUCAUUUUUUGAUCAGGAAAUCUAUUCGGCCUUUUUCUCGAGCUCGGCAACAAUGUCCUUCUCAAGGGACUCAGGCUUCGUGGUGGAGGCCCAGCGGCCCUUGACCUGGCCGUCGCGGCCGAUGAGGAACUUCUCAAAGUUCCACUUGAUGAACUUCAAGCCAAGAAGACCAGACUUCUCGCUCUUGAGCCACUGGUAGAGAGGAGCAGCGCCAUCGCCGUUGACGUCGAUCUUCUGCAUGAUGGGGAAGCUGACGCCGUAGUUGAUCUGGCAGAAGUUCUGGAUCUCGUCAUCGGUGCCGGGCUCCUGGGCACCGAACUGGUUGCAAGGGAAGCCAAGGAUCGUGAAGUCGUCGCCGUACUUCUCCUUGAGGCCCUUGUAAAGGGUCUCGAGACCAGCGUACUGGGGAGUGAAGCCGCACUUGGAGGCGGUGUUGACAAUCAAGACAACCUUGCCCUUGAAGUCGGAAAGAGGGACCUCUUGGCCGCGCUCUGUGAGAAAAGAUGUGUUAGAACGAAGCUCAACUCCGGUUCGCGGUGCGGGGUUCGCCACAAUAUUUCGCAAUGGCCAUAUGGCAGGGCAGUAUACUUACUGUCAUUGGGCUUGAAAUCGUAGAAGCUUGUAGCGGAAGCCAUUGUUGCUACGGAUCGGGUAUCGAAAGACGAAAAGGUUGGUUUGUGUGUGAAGCAAAGCGGAUGGUGAAGGCGGGAAGAAGAAGAAAACGAAGAGCUAGCAAGUCGGGUCGCAAGAGGUGAGGUGCGGGACACACAGGUAUAAAAACGGACGCUGGAGGAAGCUCCACGGCAACACGUGCGGCCGACGGAGGGAAUGCGGUGGUGGUGCAUGGUGCGCCGGCUGACAAACGGAGAAUUUUCGAGCAGUGGCAGCCGUUGGAAAGGACAAGAAAAAAGAAAGUAGUUAGCGUUCUUGCUGUAUGGCAAUGCCUUCUUUGAGCUUCUAGCUCCGAUGUGGAUGCACGCCUUGUUGCAUCAGCAACAAAAGAGGCGCCGCGAGAAUUUGGAAUACCUGCCUUCGGUCGCCUGGGCCUCGGCUUUUGGUGGUCCCGUAGAGGUGCUUUUAGUGGAUCGGAUGCACUGAAAGAUUCCGUAAUUCAGUGGUCGUUUUAGCGAUGCUAGGUCUCCAUCGUCCUGCCGCUGGCCGGAGCCAUGCCAUCGGAACGGUCGGGGGCGGGCAAAUAGAUGACGGUGAACGAACGUAUUUGGAAUUCCUGUGGCGUUUACUAUGGGGGAUGUGUAUUUUCUCAAUAUAUUAUGCGUUUUUGUUAUGUGAGAUUUUAUCUCUAUUUACGUGUGCGCUACUUACAGCAGCUGUAGUCUUCAAAACCUGCCACAGAGCUUGCUUCUGGUGAGCUGCGCUGCCGCGGGGCAAAGGACCUGCAGGGAGCGUUGCCCCGCUGACACAAUCGAUGGCGGGAACCACUUCAACUGAACGAAUCUGUCCAGUCUCUUAGAUCACCUCCGUAAGCAACAUGGAAGAAAAGCGUAGAAUAUACAUUAUAGGUGGCGGUAUCAUUGGAUGCACCUCUGCCUACUAUCUCACUCGCCACCCCAAGUUCGGCGCUACGAAACACAGUAUUACAGUUUUAGAAGCUGCUCCAAGUAUAGCAUCUGGUGCUUCAGGUAAAGCGGGAGGGCUUUUAGGUCUCUGGGCCUACCCUGCUUGUAUCGUGCCACUGUCAUUCAAGCUCCACGCUGAGCUUGCUGCUGAACAUGGCGGUGCUGAGAAAUGGGGAUACAGAGCACUGAAGUGCGGUACAAUAUCCGCAACGGUUCCAAGCGAGAAGAUAGAGAGUCUCAAAAGUUCCAGUAAUGAUGGGAAGGCCUGGGAGAAGCUUCCGAAACAGGACGAAGCAGCACAAACCUUGUUCAAGGACGCCGAGCUGCCGCCGGGACUGGACUGGGUAGAUGCCAGUGUUAUUGAUGGAUGGCGGGAAAUGGGUUCCCCAGGAGCUACAGAUACAGCACAAGUGCAUCCGUUUCAUUUCACAACAUCGAUUGCAAAGCUUGCUGAAGAUGCCGGUGUUCUCUUCAGAACCAAUGCCAAGGUAACGGCACUUGACACAACGAAGGCAGGAAUCCAAAGCCUCAGCUAUUUGGACAGAGCGACGGGCGAAACCAUUACUAUUUCAGACGCUACAGAUGUCCUCGUUUCAGCCGGUCCUUGGUCUGGUAGAGUAUUGCCAAAAUGCAAAGUAGAUGGCCUCCGAGCGCACAGCGUGGUCUACGAAGCAGACGUUUCGCCGUUUGCUGUUUUCACCGACAUCGAGCUACCAGAGGGUUUUGUUCCUGAGCAUCGUCUCAAGUCAGGCCAAGGCAAACGUCAUCGCGGAACUGUCGAUCCCGAGAUUUAUGCUCGUCCUUUUGGUGAAGUGUAUGCUUGUGGCGAGCCGGAUAGCGCUAUACCGCUCCCAGAGACUGCCGAUCUCGUCGAGUUCGAUGAGAUGCAGUGCGAUGACAUGAUAUCAUACAUUUCAACCGUUAGCCCAGUUUUGGCAGCCGCGCCUCUUAAAGCAAAGCAGGCUUGCUAUCUUCCACAGCACUCUAAUGGUCCGUUAAUUGGGAAAACAAGUAUCCCUGGUGUUUUUCUCGCAUCUGGACACACAUGCUGGGGUAUUCAGAAUGGGCCUGCGACAGGAAAAUUGAUUGCGGAAUAUAUUCUGGAUGGGCAGGCUACGAGUGCAAGAGCUGAUCAACUAGAUCCUCGACGUUACAAAAUCUAAGGACAUAUGGACCAUGUCAUAUAACCAUAACUUUGUAGUAAAUAUCAGUGUAAAUAUCUAUCACCCCAAAUUGAUGGUACCUGCUUUUAGUAAUAC